AUGUGUUCGAAGCCGGCUCCUUUCGGGUACAGUAUCACUCUGACGACAGCGCAUCUCAUUGCUGCUCCCAUUUAUGCUAUGGCUUUCUAUACAUUACAUGCUGAGAAAUCGUCUAAUUUUAAGGUCUACAAAAGAUAUUUGGCAAUUCAUGCUGUCAGGUGAGUUUGAAGGAUUGUCCAAGUGAACUCUUGUUUGAGGAAAAAUAUUAUUAUUAUUAUUAUUAAUUUACGUUUUUAACGUGAAAAUUAUUAGAGAAGAGAGAGAAUGUGAACAGAGGGGAUCACAAAUCACAAACUAUAGUUAUCCCUUGAUUCCAGCACAAACUCCGGACAUGUUUUUCAGCAACUUCAUCUUCGAACUGCAUCUGUCGGUCGUCAUGAAACCCGUUCUUUAUCUCCCAAAUCCAAUAGUCAGAUUCACCGGCGUCUCCUUCCUACGGUUCAUCAACGGCGGAAUCACUUUCUUCGUCUUUCUACUUAUAAUUGUGCUAACGUGUUGGUCAAUCAUUGAACUAUUUCAUUAUCGUUUCAAACUGAUUUCUGACAGUAAUUUGGUAUCCCUUUGGGUCCAGAAGUUUGCAUCAAUAAUCGAGACGUCGCGGUGGCUUCUGAUUGUGCUCACAGUGCUGACAGUAUGCUCACUGGCUCUCUGUGUUGUCGGACUAUUUGAUCAGACGAUGCACAAGCUGAAAUUGCAGGUAUCUCAUAGUCUACAAGUUCUACAGAAGUCCCAGUUUCCAGGCUCUCGACUAUUACCCAGAGAUCCUAUGUAUGUCUGCCCUGGUGCUUCCAAACUCCUCUAGUACCGGACUCAAGCCUAUUCACUUCUUCAACCUCUCCGCUCUUCUUUCCAUCUUUGUCGGCUGCUUCCUUUGCGCAUCCAUGGGAGUCGUCUCCCUUCUGGCUCUUCGCGAAAUGCUCCAUCAAACGAGAACGUCGCUGCGAACGAUUGCAAUGCACAAAGCGUUCCUAUUCAGUCUGUUUUGUCAAAUAAGUGUGCACGGCGCCAUGUUGGGAUUUCCGAUGUGCAUUUAUAUCGUCUCAGUAGUUUUUAAUUUUGAUGGCAAUGGUCGGACGAAUAGAUUAUGACACCUUCAACAUCGCCUAUGUUUUUCAGACGUUGGCUACGUGGCCAUAGUGUUGGCGUCAAUGCACGGCGCCAUGAGCACGCUUGCCAUGAUCGCGUUCAACCGUCCUUUGUACGAACUUGCAAUUUCCCGGGUGCUUUCGAUGUUCACCUCAAACAACGUUGUAGUUAGAGAACAAUCUUUCCUCACAGUCGUUCAUUCCCAAUAAAUUGUUUUGAACUAGUGCAUUGCGUUCAAUUAUUCAGUUUCCACCAAAAAAAAAAAAAAGAGAAGAGGUGGAAAUGUUUACGCUUACCCGGAAAACAUAAGUGAAAGGUUGGUGGUUCGCCGGGUGACAAAAAGAGAAGCCCCGUGACACCUUCUUGUGUAAGUGUUUGUGGUUUCUCUGAAUACUUCCUGAGCUCAGUCGUUUCGAACACACACGUCAAACUGAACACUAAGACCACUUGAGCUUUCAGAACCAGUUAUUGAGGCAGAGUGGCUCGACGAUUUCGUUUUAAAACAAAACUAUUUUGGGCAAAGUUUAGAAUAACAAGGAAUUAUUUAGCAAGACCUUUAACGUUCCGUCAUGGCUAUUUUCAAGAACACAUUUUUCAUCCUCGGUUUUCAAAUAGAGUAUUUCAAUGACGAUGUGUUCCAAAGAAUCUUCCGUCUAAUCCCUCAUUUCGUUGUUUGUCUCUCCACAAUCAUUGUGCACUUCGACGCAUCUCGAACAAAACCACUUCACAAUCCUCUUCUUCUUCUUCUUCUUCUUCUAAUUCCGACGCCGACGUCAACUCCCUCUACAACACCACUCUUCACCAUUUCUAAUUCAAUGAUUCCUCUCUUCUUCUCGUUCUUCUAACGAGUCGCCUUCGGAAGUGCCAACGCCUCCUUCCGGAGCCACCAUUCUUUUGGCCUUCAAUUCAGUUCAGAUCAAACUUCAACUCACAAUCAGUCCAUUUUUUUUUCUAUUUCAGGCACAAAAUGUAUGUGCUGCGAGCAGCUCUUCUUUCGCUUCUGCUUACCUCUGCAAUCGUGCAGGUCGAGGGCAAUUGGUUGAGACAGCGGAACGUUCAGUGGCACGGUUCAUUGGAUGAAUUGGUUAGUUUAAAGGAGUACUUGAGGACAGUGAUCUUUAAUAGGCGUUUUACCAAAUUUUCAAAAAUAGGCUGGUAAGUUAGUAUUUUAUCAGUGGUGUAAAAACACAGGAAACAAAGGAAACAAGGAGAAACACGGAAACAUGGCUUACCAUGCAUCUAUAAUCGAAUCCACACCUUUGUUUUUUGAUAAGCCAUAAUGAUUUUCAUAUAUUCAGCCGAACCAUCAAAUGCGAAACACCAAGAAGACGUUCCUUCCACCCCGCUAUCAGAACCUUUGGGGUCAGGGUGAAUCGAGUAAAGUGGUCAGUUCGUCGGCGCUUGCUCCACAAAAUAUGGACGACUAUAAGAUGCAAACGCAACAGCGGCAAGUGUUCUCCUGGCAGCCGAACAAUGCUUUAGAGUGGUAA